CUGGAGCAGGCAGUGGGAGGAGGUGGUGGCGGCUGCGGCUCUGGUGCCUGAGGAGGAGGAGGAGGAGGAGGAAAAGCGGAUGAGACUGGAGACCUUUAAAAGCCUUGCCAAACUCCGCGCAGCUCCUAAGUGGCACUCCUGGGGCACUGCCCCUGCCCCUACCUUGUGCCCUCCACUCCGGGCCAAAGGCAGCAUGGUCCGUGGGGCACCAUGGGACCAGACAGAGUGACAGCCAGAGAGCUGUGUGAGAAUGACGACCUUGCCACCAGCCUGGUCCUGGACCCCUACCUCGGCUUCCGUACCCACAAGAUGAACGUCAGCCCUGUGCCCCCACUGCGGCGACAGCACCACCUGCGCUCAGCGCUGGAGGCCUUCCUGAGGCAGCGGGACCUGGAGGCUGCGUACCGGGCCCUGACGCUGGGAGGCUGGAUGGCCCACUACUUCCAGAGCCGCGGCCCGCGGCAGGAGGCUGCCCUCAAGACCCACAUCUAUCGCUACCUCCGAGCCUUCCUGCCUGAAAGCGGCUUUACCAUCCUGCCCUGUACACGCUAUUCCAUGGAGACAAAUGGAGCCAAGAUUGUGUCUACCAGAGCUUGGAAGAAGAAUGAGAAGCUGGAACUGCUGGUGGGCUGCAUCGCAGAGCUGCGGGAGGCCGACGAGGGGCUGCUGAGAGCUGGCGAAAACGACUUUAGCAUCAUGUACUCCACCCGCAAGCGCAUUGCACAGCUGUGGCUGGGCCCGGCAGCCUUCAUAAACCAUGACUGCAAACCCAAUUGCAAGUUUGUGCCGGCAGAUGGGAAUGCAGCCUGUGUGAAGGUGCUUCGGGACAUUGAGCCAGGGGAUGAGGUGACCUGCUUUUAUGGUGAGGGCUUCUUUGGUGAGAAGAAUGAGCACUGUGAAUGCUACACGUGUGAGAGGAAAGGCGAAGGAGCCUUCCGCCUGCGGCCCAGGGAACCCUUGCCCCCUCGGCCCCUGGACAAGUACGAGCUCCGGGAGACCAAACGGAGGCUGCAGCAAGGCCCAGACCGUAGUUGCCGGCAGGGCCCCCUGGGCCCCAGGGCCUGUGCCCACCUGUCCCCGCUGCACCGGGACCCAUUCUGUGCUGCCUGCCAGCCCCUGCGCCCCCUGCCCUGCGGCACUCGCCCCGACGCCUCGCCCCUCUGGCUCCAGUGGCUGCCUCAGCCCCAGCUCCGGGCGCGCCCCCGGCGGCGCCGACGCCCCCAGCCCCGGCGGGCCCCUGCGCUCCCCGUCCUCCGUGCAGCCCGCGUCUCCUUGCACCAGUGGGGAGGCUGUGGCCCUCGCUGCUGCCUGCGAGCAGAAGCCCUGGUGGCCCUGGGCCCAGCCCCCCAAGCCCACUGGGCCCCUCAGCAGGAUUGGCACUGGGCCCGGCGUUAUGGGCUGCCUUACGUGGUGCGCGUGGAUCUGAGCCGCGUGGCUGCAGCCCUGCCUGCCACCCCCAUUCCCGCCCCUGUUGGGACCCCAGGCCCCACCCCCUUCCCGAAGCAGGCCCUCGCCUUUGCCCCCUUCAGCCCACCCAAGCGUCUGAGGCUGGUGGUCAGCCAUGGCUCCAUUGACCUGGACGUCAACGGUGACGGGCCAUGAGGAGCUGGACAGGGAGGCCGCAGGCCAGGAGAGCAAAAGGUCCCUCCUCGUCCUCCAUCCUCCCCAAGCCCCAGGUUCUCCAGGACUCACUGACCUCUAGAAGGAGCUGUUGGACCUCUGGGAGGGAGCUGGCCCUUGGCCCCAGCACAGUUCUGACCUGGGCUGAGUGGGUUUGGAGACACCCAGGGAUCUGACCCCUGACCUUUUGUGACUGCUGACCCCUGAGCCACCCCCACCCCCAGCAGCGUGUUCUGGUCCUGGCUGCCCUUCCCCAACUCCAGCCUCAGGACUACGGGAGCCAUUCCCUUCCCUACCCACCUCCUGUCCAGGGAGCAAAGCCAUAAGGGGUGGUGGCCACCCCAUGGCAUCUCCCCAGAAGCCCAGGCCUCAGGAGGAGUGAGACUCACCUAGGGGUGGCACUCCCUAGAGACUGUACUCUGGAGGGGAAUGGGCUUGCUUUCAGCUCUGUGACUGUCCGAGGUGGGGGCAAGGUGGGGGUUGUCUGGGACAUGCCCUCACCACCCCGUGGGUCUCAGGGAGGCCGGAUGCGACCUCAUCUUUCUCAUGGUGCUAUCCCUGGUGCUACUGGGGUGUGGGGGUCCCUCCCCUCCCUCACACCAGAAUGGGAUAUGUUGGGGGAUUGGAAGCACUUGAACUUUUUAUUUUAUUAAAACCUUGUUAUAAGCAGCA